GCUGGGAAUGGGGACAUUUAUUCCAAAUUUACCAAUAUGAUUUCUAAGAAGAUCAAGAACAAAGAGGAGCAUCAGGAUGAUUUUAUUGAAAUAAGUGCUGUGGACAGCAAGGCUGUGAUGGAGGGUGAAGAAAACCAGGUUAUUCAUGAAAAGAAGCAUCGAACAAAAAAGAGGAAAUUGGAGCUCAAUGAGGAUGAGAAGAAAUCUCAAGAGGCUGGAAAGAAGCAUAAGAAAAUUAAAGUUAGUGAUAAGAUUGAGGCAAACAAGAAUGGGGAAGACAACUUGGUGCAUGGAAAGCGAUUCUCAAAAGAAGAAGAUAAGAUACUUGAGAAGGCAAUUUCCAACAAUAUAGAGCUGCAUGGGUUAGGUAAAGAUGGUCUAAACAUGAUUCUGAAUUGUCAAUCUCACCCAGAAGUUAGAAAUUGUUGGAAGGAAAUGGGAGCAGCCUUACCCUGGAGGCCAACCUCUAGCGUGUACUACCAAGCCCAUAUCCUUUUUGAAAGGGAUGAGAAGCAUAAAUGGAGUGCUGAAGAGUAUGAAAUGAUUCGCAAGUAUGUUGAAGAACAUGGAACAAAGUGGAAAACUUUGGCUAAAGCCACUGAGGAAAAGAAAUCAAAGCAUGGAAUGUUGCGAGAUAAUAUAUGUUGGGAAGCAAUUAGUGAAAAGUUGUCAACAAGAACCUUCUCUGCUUGCUGCUCGAAAUGGUAUUGCCAACUAGCAUCACAUAUGGUAGCAGAAGGUAAAUGGGCAGAUGCUGAUGACUAUCGGCUUCUGGAUGCUCUCUCUAGCUUGGAUGCUUGCUGCAUGGAAGAUGUUGAUUGGGAUAAUCUUCUGGAGCAUAGGUCUGGAGAUACAUAUCGAAAGCGAUGUAGCCAAAUGGUUCAACACAUUGGUCAUCACGGUUCCCAGUCCUUUCCUGAACAAGUUGAAAUUCUUGCCAGCCGAUUUCACCCAGAUGUACUAAAAGCAAGAGAGACCUUGGAUAACAAACCUGAUGCUCAUCAGCCUUAGUCAUUGGCAGUGCAAGGAUUUUCCUCCUUUGCUUGAAAUUUUAUUUACUGUUUUAUGUUCCGUGUGAGUUCAAGGGCAACACCUGUAAAAUGUAUGUCACCUCCCUUGUGCUGCAACUUGCAAAUGAUUUACGAAGUACUGGUUAAAUCUUCUAGUUUGGUUUUUCAUCAUAAUUAAUUUCUUUUAUUCUU